UGCAUCCUUCAGACAAAACUGCUGAACAGGCCAGCAUGGCGCCGCUUCCUCCUACCUCCCCUUCCUCGCCCAGCACCACCGCGAGUCCGAGGCUGCUGCACAGCAGCAGCAGCAGCAGCAGCGAGUGGAGCGCCGUGGUGCAGAGGAACGUCAAGUCCUCGCUGCUGCUGCUCCUGGUGCUCUCCACCGUCUUCGUCUUCUCCGUCCUGUACUCGUCGCACGGCUUCGGCUCGACGGCAGCCGAAGAGGUCGUGGAGCUCACGCGGCGCCCCUUGGUGGGGGAUCCUGACGUGAGCACCCGUCUGGUGCCAGGAGAGGAGGAGAGAGCCGAUGAACCAGUCGUCGUCCCUGCCGAGAACAAUGUCAACCAAGAACAGAGCUCGCCUGCAGAGAUCUCCUUGCCAUCUGCGAAUUCCUCAUCACCUCCGACUCCAGGCACAGCUGAACGAACAGGCGAACAAAGUGUCGUCGGAGUACGAGUCGAGGAGAGGUGCGACAUGUCGCUGGGGAAAUGGGUGAGGGAGCCCAGGGGCCCAGUCUACACGAACCUAACGUGCCCGACGCUGCCGGACUUCAAGAACUGCCAGAAGUACGGCAAGGACCCAGGCCACCUGUUCUGGCGGUGGCAGCCCGACGGGUGCGACCUGCCGCGGUUCUCGCCGGAGCGGUUCCUCGCCGUCGUCCGCGGCAAGCGGCUGGCCUUCAUCGGCGACUCGCUGGCGCGCAACCAGAUGGACUCGCUGCUCUGCCUGCUGUCGCAGGCCGAGACGCCCACGGACGUGUACCGCGACGCGCUCGACAGGUUCCGGACGUGGCACUUCCCCGCGCACGACUUCACACUCAUGGCGAUGUGGACGGAGUUCUACGCGCACGCCGUGCCGGUGCUCGACGCCGGCGGCAAGCCGACCGCCUCCUUCGACAUCCACCUGGACAGGCUCAGCGCCAACUGGACCAGCCGCCUGCCGGGGCUGGACUACGCCGUCAUCUCCGGCGGCAACUGGUUCUUCCGCGUCAACUACCUCUGGGAGGGCGGCCGCCGCGUCGGCUGCGUCAACUGCCGCGAGGCCAACCUCACGAACCUCGGCAUCGCCUACGCCGUGCGCCGCGUCGUCAGGGCGGCGCUCGAGGCCAUCGCGCGGUGCCGGGGCUGCAAGCCCGGCCUCGCCACGUUCCUGCGCACGUACACGCCGGACCACUUCGAGCACGGCUCCUGGUUCAGCGGCGGCUACUGCAACCGGACGCGGCCGCUGGAGGAAGGCGAGGUCAGCUCGGGGAGCAUCGGGUGGGAGCUGAGGAGGGCGCAGAUCGAGGAGGUGGCGAGGGCGAGGGAGGCGGCGGCGUCGGCGGCCGGGAGCAGGCGGUUCGGGGUGCUCGACGUGACCAAGGCCAUGAUGCUGCGCGCCGACGGCCACCCGGGCGGGCACUACGACAAGCGGUGGGUGAGGAACGCCAGCGACUGCCUGCACUGGUGCCUGCCAGGGCCCGUCGACAUGUGGAACGAGAUGCUGCUCCAGAGGCUCGCCCAGAUAUCGCCGGCGCCGCUGGUGCGGUGAUGCCAGACACGCAAGGGAACACGUACGUGCUGCUGGUUUCUUCAGGGUACAGUACAGGGUAGUGAAACAUUGUUGUCAGGAAGUUACACUCCCCUUCAAUUUGAGCCGAGAUUUGUGCUCAAGGGUGACGAGUAUAUGGUAUAAGAAAAAAAUCAACUGUUCUAUAAAGUCUUUUGAUAUGAGUUUUUUA